UGUGUGGAGGAGCAGAGCUGCAGGUAAACGCCUGUUUGUCAACAUCAUUAUCUAAUGAGUAAAUGAGCUGAUUACUGGAGCUUCACUCUCAUCCGACUCAAUACAGCUGUGUGUGUGUGUGAGAGAGAGAAACGCACACACACUCCGUUUAACGAGCGCCGCGUUUCCACACCAGCAACUUCAGCAGUGUGCGUUUUAUUCCCCUGCACCAGGAUGAAGCCCAACAAAAGAGUGUUUGAGGAGGAUCAUCACGGAGACACAGAGUUUUCUGCCAUGUCUGACAGUGACCCAUGUGAAGACAGUGACGGUUUCCCGCUCAAUCUGUCUACCAGCGGCAGGAGAAGCGGAUCUUCUGCCAAACGGCGGCGGAGAGGAAACCUUCCCAAAGAGUCGGUGCAGGUGCUGAGGGACUGGCUGUACGAGCAUCGCUUUAAUGCGUAUCCAUCAGAACAGGAGAAACUGAGCCUGUCCGGACAGACACAUCUCUCCGUCUCACAGAUCUGCAACUGGUUCAUAAACGCACGUCGGAGGCUCCUGCCGGACCUGCUCCGGAAAGACGGCAAAGAUCCCACUCAGUUCACAAUGUCACGACGCACCAGCAAACCAGACAGAUCCGCCUCCCCAGAAUGCCACACCUCUUUGCCACGCCCCUCAGUCAUUUGCCCCGCCCCCACACUGGAUUUAAGACUGUUAGGCAAUACUGCGACUGCAAUUUUAGCAGGAGCCGGUUGCUUGCCAUCAUCUGGCAGCCAAGAUGGAGGCGUUCAGGCUUUGAUGCAGCUGGACACACGUGGUUUACUGAGACGAGAAGGUUUAACUAGAUAUCGGAGAGAAGAUCAUCACUUUACCAGUAUCCCGUUGUCUAAUACAUCCCUCUCAAGUUUGAGUCCGAUUGGAGUGCUUUUAAACACUCCACCUCCGACUCCUCCAGAACUUUGUCCUCAAGAUUUCAGCGAUCUGAAGCUUCUGGUGGACGCAGCAUUACAGAGAGCCGAGCAAGAAAACAGGCAACAAAAAGAGCAAACCACAAAACCAAAGGAGAACUCAGGAGAACUCGUCCUGAAUGACGACAGAUCCAUCUUAACACCUUCAAGGGAUGAGUCUGAAUCUACGACAGUGGAGAAUGCAGUAUUACCGGUGUCCAUUCCUGUUAUGAGCCACUCUUUCAGUGGUCUACCUGUUGAUCUAAGCACGGAUAAUAUUAUUGGGAAGAAUCUUCCAGAAUCUGCGGGAUUUUCAUCAUCUGGGAUGUGGAGCGUCCGGGGGUCUGGUCCGGGAUCCAGUGCAGUUUCACACACAUGGGUUUCACAGUAUGUGCGUAAUACAGUCACAGAGGCGGUCAACUGAUCUGGCCAGGAAUGACUCUCUUUUUUGGACUUCUGGUACUUUGUUUAUUUUUUUGUCGUUACUCUUUUUAGACUGGAUAGAAGAACUUUGGGACGUGCCUCCAACCUGUUGGGAUGGAUUGAUGGAUCACUGUGGGAGUAAAUCUAAUAGAGAAAUGAUUCAGAAAUGUUCCUGAAUGAGUUGCGAUUCUGUGUUAAAUCAAUUCUGCGUUUCGACUUUUGGCAGCAGAUGGCGCUGUUAGCUUUAGCUGUGUUUGCGUUGGUUUUGUGACAUAAAAGUAGAGGUGCAAGCACAUUUGACCAAUUAAAAUGCAUAACUCGGCCAUAUGGACAAGUGCACAUCUAUGGUAGUGUUUGUGUAUGGUUGCAUGCUAGAUCGGAGAGCCAUCUGCUGUUAAACACUAGCCUUGAACUAUAUUUGCUGUUAAAAACUAGCCUAAAGCACUGUCUGAUUGUAAAAAGUUAGCCUAGAACUUCAACUGCCGUAAAAAGCUAGCCUAGAGUGCUGUCUGUUAAACUAGCCUAGAGCACCAUCUGAUGUAAAAACUAGCCUAGAGCACCAUCUGAUGUAAAAACUAGCCUAGAGCACCAUCUGAUGUAAAAACUAGCCUAGAGCACCAUCUGAUGUAAAACCUAGCAUAGAGCACCAUCUGAUGUAAAAACUAGCAUUUAGAGCACCAUCUGAUGUUAAAAAGCUAGCCAAAAGUGCCAUCUGAUGAUAAAAACUAGCAUACAGUGCAGUCUGAUGUUAAAAUGUUAGUCUAGAGGGCCCUCUUAUGUUAAAAACCCUGCUGAAAAAAAAAACAGAUGACCGGCUUGACCAGCUUAGCCAGGCUGGGAGCCCAGCCAAAACCAGCUAUGUCCAGCUUAGACCAGGCUGGUCAAGCUGGUUUUAGCUGGUCCCUCUAAAACCAGGCUGGUUGACCAGCUAAAACCAGCCAACCAGAUUAGGCUGGUUUAAGCUUUUUUUUUUCAGCAAGGAAGCAAGCCAAGAUAGCUAUCUAAAGCUAAAAAGCUAUCCAAGAUCUGGACUGAUGUUAUAAAACUAGCCUAAAGCACCAUCUGAUGCUAAAAACUAGCAUACAACACGAUUUAAUGUAAAAAUGCUAGCCAAAAGCGUCGUCUGAUAUUAAAAAGCUAGCCCAGAUUGCCAUCUGAUGCUAUAAAACUAGCCUAAAGCACCAUCUGAUGCUAAACACUAGCAUACAAUGCCAUCUUAUGUUAAAAUGCUAAGCUAAAGCGUCGUCUGAUGUUUUAAAACUAGCAUACAAUGCGCUAUGAUGUUACAAUGCUAGCCUAGAGUGUCGUCUUAUGUUACAAAACGAGCCUAAUAUGCCAUGUGACGCUAAAAACUAGCAUACUGCACCAUCUGAUGUUUAAAAUUGUAGUCUAGAGUGCCAUCUGGUGUUAUAAAUCUAGCCUAGAGCACCACCUGAUGCUAAAAACUAACAUACAGCACCAUCGGAUGUUAAAAUGGUAGUCUAAAGUGCCAUCUGGUGUUAUAAAUCUAGACUAGAGCACCAUCUGACGCUAAAAACCAGCAUACAGCACCAUGUGAUGUUAAAAUGCUAGUUUAGAGCGCCAUCUGAUGUUAUAAACCGAGCCUAGUGUCAUCUGAUGCUAAAAAAAAGCUAGCCUAGGGCGGCAUCUGUUGCUAAAAAGCUACCCUAGAAUCCUAUCUGCUGUUAAAAACUAAACUCCAAGUCGAUUCCAAAGAGAAUGGCGACUCAUUCAGAAAAUCUCAGUUGAUUCAUGAAUCAUUUCUGUAUUUGAUUCCUCAUCUCCACAGGUCUGAGGGACUGAGCUUGCUAUGUAUUCGGUUCGCCUCCAGCAGGGGCAGUGAAGCUUCUCUCUGCUCUCGUCUGCAUUUUAAAAGACAUUUUUAUACUUUUUAAACCAAAAGCUUUUAACUUUAAACAAACUACAUGAAAUAUAAAGGGCAUCCGUUCUAAAUGCUCUCGAACAAUAAUAAUAAUCCAGCAUUUCAGACUCUGGAGAACAGGUAGACGUUCUGUCAGGUGGAAAUAUAACCAGCGACCUCCAAACUCAAGGAAACCUGCGCAUCUCAGGUUUACCAACAACAGCCAAGAGAUCUUCAGUUCAACGUGGCCUUGCUUUGCUUUUGCUAAAUACUUUUAAACACUCUAAAAUGAACUAAAUGCUGGGUUGAUUUAACCCAAUGUUGAGUCAAAUAUGGAUAAACUCAAUCUUUGGGAUUUUUUUGGGUUUACUAACAUGAACAAGACAUUCAUUUAAGCAUUUAUUUAUGUUUGUUAAUGAAAAACCCAGUAGUUCAUGUUAACAGUGCAUGAACUAAUGUUAACAAGCGCUUGGGUUUAGGUUUUAUUAAUGCAGUAAUAAGUGCUGAACAACUAUGGGUGAUUGUAUAUGUUAGUAAAACAUUAUCAUUAACUAUCCCAUAUUAUAAAGUGUUAUCGAAAUAAAUUUAACCCAACGGUUUGGUAUGUCCAUAUUUAACCCAAUUUUGAGUCAAAUAUAGACAAACCCAAAAGUUGCAUCUAAA